AAGAGAAGAGGAGAGGAUAAGCUUCUUCUUUCAUUGUAGACCAGUAUGAAUCCAAAGGCAUGCAGAUUUUUCGUUAACCUUUACACAAAAGGAACGCCUAUACAUUAUAGUAAUAACGUUUUAUUCAACAAGCGAAAAGGACUGUAAAAAAACCCCCACAAACUAGAUGGAAUUCCUUAACAAAGGGACAAUCCCUGUUGACACCGUGGUGUGCGUAUAGUAUUCUAAAAAUACAGACAGCCCCAUUCUUCAUGUGUUGGGAGGGCGCGGGGUAUGAAAAGAGAAAGAAUGAUUGCAGGCAAGAAAAAGCGAUACUUGUGGAGGUGCCAGCCAUCCACAUCAUAGCCACCCUUAGACCUCUGAUGAAGCCCAAAAUCAUUCAAAAGAAGACCAAGAAGUUCAUCCUGGACCAGUCAGACCAGUAUGUCAAAAUUAAGCACAACUGGCAGAAACCCAGAGGCACUGACAAUAGGGUGUGCAAAAGAUUCAAGGACCAGGUCUUGAUGCCCAACACUGGUUAUGGGAGCAACAAGAAAACAAAGCACAUGCUGCCCAGUGGCUUCCAGGAGUUCCUGGUCCACAACGUCAAGGAGCUCGAAGUGCUGCUAAUGUGCAACAAAUCUUGCUGUGCAGAGAUUGAUCACAAUACCUCCCCCCAAGAACCACAAAGCCAUUGUGGAAAAGCAGCCCAGCUGAAGGCCAGGCUGCACAGUGAAGAAAAUGAAUAGACACCUUAUGUGCACAUCAUAAUUGUAUUAAUAAAACCAUAAAACUAUG